ACAAGUCUCUGGAGACCCACAGUUUGGAAGAGUGGCAGUCCCCUUUGAGUAGUUCCCCGCCUUUGGAUCCUCCCGAGGGGGGAAGUGGGACUUCUUCUUUCAGGACAUGAAUGUCAGGCUUGGUAGUGACUAAGAGGUGCCUGAACUAGUGGGUGGAGAGAGCGCUUAAGAAGCAGACCUUCCUGCCUUCUGGUCAUUAGACACCUGACUAGGACACAUACAUCAUGGCCAGCCUGCAGGUCCCACUCCUGGUGGCUCUCGUCCUUCUUGCUGCGGCAAUUCAGACCUCUGAUGCAGGUCCCUAUGGUGCCAAUGUGGAAGACAGCAUCUGCUGCCAGGACUACAUCCGUCACCCUCUGCCACCACGUUUAGUGAAGGAGUUCUUCUGGACCUCAAAAUCCUGCCGCAAGCCUGGCGUUGUUUUGGUAACCAUCAAGAACCGAGAUAUCUGUGCUGACCCCAAGCAGGGCUGGGUGAAGAAGCUACUCCGUAAGCUGGCCUAGGGAGGAGGACCUGAUGACCUUGGGCCUGGUGUCUCCAGGAAGGCUCAGCAAGCCCUAUCCUUCUGCCCUUCCAGCAAGAGCCUUGCCAACAACGCCACCUUUGCUUACCCUAUCCCCUGGGCUGUCACUCUGUGAGGCCUCUGGUCCCUCUACUUCCCCUCUAUCCCCUCCAACUUAUCCUCUUUCAAUAUGGCAGCUGGGAAGUGCAUUCUGGCCAGCCUUACCCAAUACCUACUCCCCACUGCUUUAGAUGAGACCAGGGUCCUGAUCCUAUGAUGCCUUCCCCAUCCCCAGCCUUGGCCCUCUUCUCUUCUUACGUGUACGGAAGACACAUAUGUUUCAAAUACGUGCUACUCAGUUCCUUUCCUGGGAGGUUGCUGAUACCCAGCAUAUGUUUCCUGCUGCAGGCAUUCCAUCCAAGUGCCACACACCUCCCAAGCUUCCAUCAGUCCCAGUGGGCACCCACCAAGCCCCAUAAUCCAGAUUUCCUUGGCCUUCACCAAUUCUGGGAGUUUCAGGCUGACCCACUAGGCCCCCAGAGUUAGGCCAAGGUCCCCACCAGAGCUCCUCCUGUUCCUUAGUCUCCAGCAUGGGGCAGGGAGCACAGGAGCAGGCCCAGAAUCAGAUUUCUGAAAGGAGCUGCAGACUCCAUCAGUAAAAGGAAUCUUCCCCCAUCCCUGACUAUAUCAGUUUCCUGUCAACACAGAGACUCGGGUUGUUAGAAAGAGGCUAUGUAGAUCAACUGUGAAACCCUAAAUUUGCCAAGAAUCAAUUUCUAUCCCUCGCCAACUAUAUGUUAGGUCUUUUACUUUCUCUGACCCACAUGACCUCUGCCUUCUUGCCUGUGUAGCUGAUAGUCAAAGUCAUGCUUUGGUGUCAGUGACUAUCAUAGUUUUUGGUAUUAUAAGCUAUAGUUAUAUUUAUAUAGGAAAUAGGAUAAAUAUAUGUGAGGUCAAAUAGACGAACUGGAGAGUUUUAGGAUCUGGGGGCAGGGAGGGCCAUUACAAAAUGAUACCUCAGAAAGCAGCUAGUUGUGGGAGUUGUAGCCAGUGGCAGAGUUAAGUUAAAAAACUUAGUUGAAAUUAUUCUUGAGUGGCUGAGGCCAAGACAAGAAUUUAGAACUCAUUCUUGUUUCCCUGGAGACAACAGUGUCCCAGGAGAGGGAAUAACCCUGCCUGCUCCUCUGGAGGGAACGUGGCCUGACUUAGCUGACAGACUGUAUUGUGGGCCCGAUGGCAUUGCUUUUCUUCUCUGAGCCUCAGCUGGCAGAAUAUGGGACCACAAAGGGCUUGAUCCGAACCACAGGCAUUGACAGUGCCAGCCACAGCUGUGUCCAGGGCUCAUGUCCAUCCAGAAGGAGCAUCCAGACGACCAGGGCCACCAUUAGUGCUACUCUGCCCACUGCCCAUGCAUGUCCUGAGGGUCCCCUCCUCUCCUACUUCUGGCAAAAUAAAUGCUCACCAAUAGUGCCUGA